UUUGAUAUAUGUUUGUUUUAAGCGCUGUUUAUUUAAAAAAUUUCAGAAAAUCACAACUAAUAAGCAUGGCAAAACAAAUUGACACGCGCAAACGUCUAAUGGCAAUGUUGCAAAAUGAUAUCAGCUUGCAGCAACAGGAAAAUGCACUAGCUAAGCAGAGCGCCAAGUUUCACAGCAAAAUAGCGGCAAAACAUCAACUUAUAAAACGUCAGCAACGUAAAUUGGAAAAAUUAAAUGAAAUAUCAAACGAACGCAAAGAAGAUCAAGAGAAUCGCAGCGCAUUCGAGCAAUCAAUGCGCGACAAGUUGCUCAGAGAGCAACAAAAUUUGAGUGAAAUGCAGACCGAAUUAGCAACGAAGAAACAACGGCGAGACGAACUGAUGGGCUUCGUGCGCACUCUGAGUGAAGCAACCAACACCUACAUCAAUCUAAAGGCUUUGCCCGCCCGUGUAAAAGGAGUUGCACUGCGGCCUGAGCAAGGCGAGUGGAUACCCUUUAAUUGUGAUGCCUAUGAUCUAAAGGGGUUAAAUGCACUUUGGUCACGUCUGAACGAACCCAGCGCCAGCACUGAUAAAUGGCAGCAGCUAUUCUCUGCUGAGCCAACGGCAAAAGAAAAGGAGAAUGCCAACGCUUCGCUGUCGUCAAUCAUCGAGAUUGAUCUGACCUCGCCCACAGCCCACAAUAAAUUAUAA